AAGAGAAUUUCCGAGAUCAUCAGUUCCGAACAGAAUUGCAUAACGUAAACAUUGCAGAUGAUAACUGAUGAAUGAACCAUGAGUUCUGUUUGGUUUUCAUUAGGGAGAGAAUCUCAAGAGAUUUUGAAUCAAUAUUCAAAUGGGAGUUGUGAAGCAGACGAAUGCUUUUGCAUGAUCAUGUCAAUUGAAGGCUACGACAAAACACGAAACCAUUUCAUAAACUUUAUUGAGAACCUGAAAAUUACAAAGCCGAUUUUACAUAACGGUCUGGUUACCGUCUUCAAGAAUUACUUCUCUGAAACAGAAGCUUUACAUUCGAAGUCUAAUGAAGCAGUUGGUUGCAGUGUUGAAAAUGGGUUCCUUACAAGCGACUUUGGCUUUGAACUUGACAUGGAGCUAGCUAAAUCAUUGUCUCUGUCAGACUCUAAUCCUAAAAAGACCAAUACACCACCACUCUAUGAUUCCAGCAAUGAACCUUCUGGUUCAGCUUUGCAUAACAUGACUAAAAAAACAAAAAACAAUAAAUCAAUACCAGAUUCCUUUAAUGGAAGCAUUGAGAAAAAUGAUGAACACACAAAAACUAGCAUCCCUGGACUUCAGGUUGCAAAUCAUAAACAUAAAAAGAAAAAGAAGAAAGGAAAUGCACUACCAAGACAAAUAAGUAAUCCUCCUGUUAUUUAUUGGUUAAGAAGAGACUUGCGGAUGUAUGAUAAUCCCGCUUUAGUAGCUGCUGCCUCAUCCAAUGCUCCAGUGCUAUUAGUUUUCAUAUGGUCUGACCAUGAAGAAGAUCCUUUAGAUGUUGUCGCUACAGGUGGGGCUACUAAACUAUGGCUUCAUUACGCCCUCAAGUUUCUUAACCAGUCCUUUGUUGAGAAGUUUGGCAAUGGGAUUUUGUAUUAUAAUACAAAGACUGAAGACAGUCACAAUAUUAUGAAGCAAAUCAUUCAACAAACUGGUGCAAAUACUUUGUUUAUUAAUGAUGUUUAUGAACCCUUUUUGAAUGAAAGAGAUGAUGCUUUAUGUAACAAAUUAACCAAGUCAGGAGUACAAUGCAAUAGGUUUCAUUCUUAUUUGCUGCAUGAACCAUCAUCUAUAAACACAGAAUCUCUAGGGAUGAGGGGCAUAGGGUCAGUUACUCAUUUCAUGGAAUGCUCUCGUCAAUCUGCAGUUGAACCAAUAGGUCAUCCAAUAGAAACUCCAGGAAUCUUACCGAAAUGUUUGUCUUUACCAAACUCUCAAAACCUUGAUGAACUUGAAUUAGCAAAUAUGCCAAGAAGAAAAAAUGGUAGUGUGAUUGAUUGGGCUGCUCCUAUUGUAAAGUCCUGGAAUUUUAGCGAAGAUGGUGCAUGGGAUGCUCUUGGAUCCUUUCUCACUGAAGGUAUUAAAAAGUAUGAAAAAGAAUCAUGUCGAGCUGAUCAUGUAAACACUUGUCGAAUAUCUCCAUAUCUACAUUUUGGACAAAUCAGUCCGAGGGCGAUACUAACAGAGGCCAAACACAUGAAAUCACCAAAGUUCCUGAGGAAGCUGGCAUGGAGAGAUUUAUCAUACUGGUUAUUGUCAUUGUGGCCUGAUCUACCUAGUCAACCUACAAGACCUCAGUAUAGGCAUCAGAGAUGGAGUAAGAACAAAGCCCACUUAAAAGCCUGGCAGAGAGGGAACACAGGAUUUCCAUUGGUGGAUGCUGCUAUGAGGCAGUUAUGGUUGACCGGAUGGAUGAACAACUAUAUGAGACAUGUGGUAGCUUCAUUCCUCAUCUCUUAUCUCCAUCUUCAUUGGAUCGAGGGGUACAGAUGGUUUCAGGACACACUUCUAGAUGCAGAUGUGGCUAUUAAUGCUAUGAUGUGGCAGAAUGGUGGCAUGAGUGGCCUUGAUCAGUGGAAUUUUGUCAUGCACCCAAUAGAUGCUGCCAUGACCUGUGACCCAGAUGGAACAUAUGUACGUCAGUGGUGUCCAGAAUUAGCCAGUGUUCCAAAAGAAUUUAUACAUCAGCCAUGGAAAUGUCCACCAUCCAUUAUGAAGAGAUGUAAAGUAGAACUUGGCAAUCAGUAUCCUAAUCGUAUCAUAAUCGAUUUAGAAGUGGCCAGAGAACAGUCAUUGCAGGAUGUGGUAGAAGUCCGUAAGAAGUUUCCUGAUUUUGUCGAUCGUCGGUCAGGAAAUGACCUUGUACCUGUAGACAAUGGACGACUUCUUAUACCUGUUAUUACAAGAAUGGAAUUUAAAUAUAAGACAACUAAUCCAGAGUCUAAGGAUAAUCCACACACAGCUGUUUUACGAGGUUAUCGAAGCAGAAAAAGGGAUGAAGCUAUAGCAUUUGCUAAUGAGAGAGACUUUCUGGCCAGUACAAUGAAUGAAUGUGUUCAGAGACAAGAAAGACAUCAGAAAGCUUUAAAACAAGGAAAUUUUUAACAACAUAUGUAAUACCUCUUACUAUUGAGUUAUGUCAUAAGUAAAGCUUAGUUUUAAACCUAUACUCAUUAAGCUAAUUUGCACAAUUAGAUUUUGUUCUCCCCCCCAAAA